GAACCUUGGAUCCAGAAUAUUAUUCUAGAGCACUGUUUUUUAAUCCCAUUCUUGCAACACCCUAAGGUGUGUCAUAAUUAUGCCCUGGGCUGUAGUGGAUGGCUCAACAGCAAAUUGAGGUGGCUCUCUGGGAAGGGGAGGGUGUUGGGAAAUAGGUCUGUGAAAGCUGACCUCCUGGUCUGGAGUUGUGAGUCGGGCAGCCUGGUCCUUGGGAGCACACAGGAUGCUGAGUGCCAGUCCUGGUUCUCAAUGAGUCAGCAAUUGCAGAGCUCCUGUACAGCUGUGCAGCUGUGUGCAUGAGUAUGUGACAGGGGUGGCCUGGCUGGGGUCAGUGAAGCCUGACGCUCAGGUGUGGUCGCCCCCUCUGCCACAGGAGACUGGGCAAGCCAGCGGGAUCCUGUGCCGGAAGAAACAAGGUUAAUGGGAAAAGUAACCAGGUGGUGCGUGGGCUCUAGACCAUGUGCCUGGGCAGUUUUUGUUUUCUCCGCAGCUCUGCUCCACCAGCCACGCUCACCACACCCUUGUUUUGAGCACCUUACCAAGUCCUUGCCGGUGUCCAGCCAUGGGGGAUAUGAAAACCCCAGAUUUUGAUGAUCUCUUGGCUGCCUUUGACAUCCCAGACCCCACCAGCCUUGAUGCCAAGGAGGCCAUCCAGACACCCAGCGAGGAGCAUGAGAGCUCUCUUAAAGCCCCAGGCAUGUGUAUGGAUGAGAACGUGUCCUUGUCCCACUCAGGAUCUGCCCCUGAUGUACCUGCGGUGAGUGUCAUUGUCAAGAACACCAGCCGCCAGGAGUCGUUUGAAGCAGAGAAAGAUUCCAUUGCCCCCAGCCUCCUGCACAAUGGGUUCCGGGGCUCGGAUCUGCCUACCGACCCCCACAACUGCGGCAAGUUUGAUUCUACUUUCAUGAAUGGAGGUAGUGUCAGGAGCUUCGCUGGCAAGCUGGAGCCCCCCAAGUCAGAGCCAUUACCCACCUUCAACCAGUUUAGUCCAAUCUCCAGCCCAGAGCCUGAGGAUCCCAUCAAAGAUAACGGGUUUGGGACCAAGGCCAAGCACUCGGACAGUUACUUCUCACCUCCUCUUGGGUGCGGGACUGUGGGGGGCCCAGUCCUGGAGGCUCUGGGCAAAUUUCCAGUUCCAGAGCUGCACAUGUUUGAUCACCUUUGUAAGAAAGAACCCAAGCCAGAACCCCUAUCCUUGGGACCCCAGCAGGAGCAGGGACGAAGUGGACAGAAAGCAGUGGAGCCCCUCAAAGAGCUGGAUGCCCACCGAUUCUUUGGCGAAGCUUUGGAGUUCAACAGCCACAGUAGCAACAGCCUUGCAGAGCCCAGGAAGCUGGCCUCGGACCUUGGUGCCUGCUCCUCUGUCCCGCCCAGGCAGCGUCUCAAGCCAGCCCAUUCCAAGCUGUCUUCUUGUGUUGCAGCCUUGGUGGCCCUGCAGGCCAAAAGAGUGGCCAGUGUCCCCAAGGAGGGUCUGCCAGGCACCACCAAGGAUUCCUCAGGUCCUGCUAAAGAGUGUCCUAAAAGCAGCCCCAAAAUGCCCAAGUCACCAAAGAGCCCCCGAAGCCCUCUGGAGGCCACUAGGAAAAGUGUCAAGCCAUCAGACAGCCCUCGGAGCAUUUGCAGCGACAGCAGCAGCAAAGGCUCCCCCUCAGUGGCUGCCAGCUCCCCACCAGCAAUUCCCAAAGUCAGGAUCAAAACCAUUAAGACAUCCUCGGGGGAAAUCAAACGGACCGUCACGAGGAUCCUUCCAGACCCUGAUGAUCCAAGUAAGUCCCCCGUGGGGUCACCUCUAGGGACCCCUGUUGCUGAGGCCCCGAGCGAGGUGCCAGGGGAUGAAGUUGUGGCCCUGCCUAUGGAGGAGCACUUGGCUGAGGCCGGCACAGAUUCAGGGAGCCCCCAAGGGGACAGAAAUGGGGACGAAAGCACGACAAAGGCCAGUGAUUCUUCAUCUCCCUGUUCUGGGGCCCGGGUCCCUAAGGGAGCUGCCCCGGGCUCACAGUCAGGCAAGAAUCAACAGAACACAGUGCUGCAGGUGUCAGCCCUGGCCCCAGCCAGCCUGCUACCCAAAGCCGUGCACCUGGCCAACCUGAACCUGGUCCCCCACAGCGUGGCUGCGUCUGUGACGGCCAAGUCCUCAGCGCAGAGACGGAACCAGCCCACACAGAUGUCGGUGCCUCUGGUCCACCAGGUGAAAAAGGCUGCCCCGUUCAUUGUGGAGGUCUUCAACAGGGUCCUCCACAGCUCCAAUCCCGUGCCCCUCUACGCGCCCAAUCUCAGCCCGCCUGCAGAGAGCAGGAUCCACGUGCCGGCCAGUGGGUACUGCUGCCUUGAGUGCGGGGAUGCAUUUGCCUUAGAGAAGAGCCUGAGCCAGCAUUAUGGCCGGCGGAGUGUCCACAUCGAGGUGCUGUGCACGCUGUGCUCCAAGACGCUGCUCUUCUUCAACAAGUGCAGUCUGCUACGGCACGCCCGUGACCACAAGAGCAAAGGACUGGUCAUGCAGUGCUCUCAGCUGCUCGUGAAGCCUAUCUCCGCGGACCAAAUGUUUGUGCCGCUCCCUGCAAACUCCAUCACACCAGCAGCCCUGGCCCCCACCACGGCCCCGGCCCCAGUCCCAGUCCCUCCCACCUCCCCCAAGCCUGGUCCCACUUCCGGCAGUGCCAGCCCAUCUCCUCCAGCCUUGCCACUCUACCCAGACCCCGUGAGGCUCAUCCGGUACGGAAGCAAGUGUCCCGAGUGUCACAAGCAGAUGCGAGACUACAUGGUCUUGGCUGCGCAUUUCCAGAGGACAGAAGAAACCGAGGGGCUGACUUGCCAGGUAUGCCAGAUGCUGCUGCCCAACCAGUGCAGUUUCUGUGCCCACCAGCGGAUUCAUGCACACAAGUCCCCCUACUGCUGCCCGGAGUGUGGGGUCCUCUGUCGCUCUGCAUACUUCCAGACCCACGUAAAGGAGAAUUGCCUGCACUAUGCCCGCAAGGUGGGCUACAGGUGCAUCCACUGUGGUGUCGUCCACCUGACCCUGUCCUUGCUGAAGAGUCACAUCCAGGAGCACCACUGCCAGAUCUUCCACAAAUGUGCAUUUUGUCCCAUGGCCUUCAAGACUGCCAGCAGCACUGCAGAGCACUGCACCUCCCAGCACUCCAGCCAGCCCCACAAGCCCUCCCAGCUCAUUUAUAAGUGCUCCUGCGAAACGGUCUUCAACAAGAAGAGACACAUGCAGCAGCAUUUCUACCAGGACGUCAGGGAGGCCCAGGCGAGCGUCUUCAAGUGCCCUGAGUGCCCACUUCUGUUCCCACAGAAGCCGGAGUUGAUGCAGCACGUCCAGAGCACCCACGGUGUCCCCCGGAAUGUGGACGAGCUGUCGAGCCUCCAGUCUUCAGCAGACACAUCCUCGAGCCGCUCCAGUUCUCGAGCCCCCACCGAGUCCCCAGCUGCUAGCGUGGCUGCCAGGGGCAACUCCUUGGCCCCAGGCCGUUGGGGCAAGCCUGACAGCCAUCGCAGGGUGGACGCCAGACCCCGGCUAAGGAGCACUGGCUGGACCUGCCAAGAGUGCCAGGAGUGGGUUCCCGACCGGGAGAGCUACAUUUCCCACAUGAAAAAGAGCCACGACCGGACAAUGAAGCGGUACCCGUGUCGGCAAUGUGAGCAGUCUUUCCACACCCCCAACAGCCUGCGCAAACAUAUCCGCAAUAGCCACGACACUGUGAAGAAGGUCUAUAUGUGUGGGUUCUGCGGUGAGGACAGCCCCAGCUUUCCCCGCCCCUCGUUGCUGGAGAGCCACAUCAGCCUUAUGCACGGUAUCCGAAACCCUGAUUUGAGCCAGACAUCCCACGUCAGACCAGUGGGUGGACGUUCCUCUCAGGUGAACCAUCUAAAAAGGCCGCUCAGCGGAGCCGGGGACACUGCAGGCACUAGCAAUGGCAUAACUGUCUAUGCCACCAAAAGGCCCAAGUCCCUUUUCCAGUGUGCAAAAUGUAGCUUUGCCACAGACUCGGGGCUCGAGUUCCAGAGCCACAUACCUCAGCACCAGGUGGACAGCUCCACAGCCCAGUGUCUCCUCUGUGGCUUGUGCUACACCUCCACCAGCUCCCUCAGCCGCCACCUCUUCAUCGUCCACAAGGUGAGAGACCAGGAGGAGGAGGAGGCAGAGGAGGCCACAGCGGCUGUGCCAGCGACAGUGGAGGUGAAGAUGGAGACCUCGGAGGAGGCCGAAGAGGGCUCCGGGGAGGAGGCACCUGGGGAGACGAGAGAGAACGGACUGGAGCCGGGUGCUGGUGAUCCUUUGUUGGUCAACAUGGAAGCAAGGAGAGCCCUGGGCCUGGCCCUGCAGGAAGACGCUGCCCAAGACACUCAGGGCCAACGCACAGCCUCUCAGGACCAGGCCAGCCCAGCACCCUCUCCUCAGGUGUGACCGCAGGCUGUGCAGUGUGGACGGCUCUGGCCCUGUGUGUGUGUGCUGCAGGUGCUGGGGGUCUCCAGCCCCACCAGACGGGGUGCUGCUGGGGGCCCUCUUGGCUCUGAACUUGCUUCGGUUAUUUAUGGCUUUGUGCUGCUUCUUGGAGUCCGACUCUUGUCUGUGUCCUUCCAGCCCCAGGCUGCUUACGGGGCCUGCCCCAGUGCUGUCCACCUGGCUGGAGACGCUCCAUCUCUGUGCUCUUUGCAGGAGUGCCCUGCCUGCUGUCUUCAGCCAGGUGACCCCUCAGAGCUCUCCUUCUACCACCUCCCCCAAGCAGGGACUGAGGGCUGCUGCCACAGGCUCUCUGGGAUAACUCUGCCAGCCUGGCUUGGGCGGGGGAGGGGGGUCCUUGGUCUUCCUGCCCUUCCUUCCUGUCUUCUGAUCCUUUUCUCUACAAGUAGCCCUGAGAACACAUUGUCCCAUGGCGCAUCAUGUCUUGAGGGGAAAGAAACUUGGUUCAGCCUGUCUGUUUGGGAUUGGGAGCACAGGCGGCGUGGCCAUGGCAGGUGCUGGGGGUGGGCCUUGUUCCGCUGCUGUUUGGCCUUUCCCUGGUGAGUGGGGUUGGAGCACACGGACCAUGGCUCCUGUGCCAUUAGAAGAGCUGCUGCCCCAAGCAGGUCAGCCCCUCAUCCUCUUGGCUACACUCAUGUUGCUCAGACUACAUUUCAAAUAAAAAUGUCUUCUUACCAUG